UGUUUCUGAACUUCUUUGGUGCUCUGCUGUUUGGUGUUUAAAGAUGCAGCAUAUAUAGAUAAAUUGAAGUAGCAGUCCUAGGUGUCAAGGCAGAAUGAGUGACGACGCCAUGGAUGUAGAUGAGACGGGUUCCAUGGAAAUUGAGUCAGGUGGAGGAGAUGGGCAGGCUUGGGAAAAUAAACCUUCGGAUUUGGACACCCUCACAGCUACAUCUCUAGGGAUGAAGAUUCCACCACGGGAAUACUCUGGUCAGAGGAAGCAGUCAGUGGACACAGAGCCAGAACCAUCAAAGGAUUUGGAAACCCUUACAGCUACAUCUCUGGGCAUGAAGAUCCCACCUCCGGAGUACUCUGGUCGAAGACAACAGUCAAUCGACACUGAGACAGAACUUUCUGAGGAGACAAGAAAGAAGAAGGGUGCAGAAGACUUAAUUUCAGAGUUAGUGUAUUCAACCCGCAAGGCCACAGCAAAAGUUGAAAAGAAAUCUCGAUUCACAGAAGCAACAGAAACAAAAAACAAGUUUCUCUCUGGAGAUAGUGGUGAACAUGAUGUAGAAAGUGCUAUAACUCCUAAUGAAGAAGUGCGUGAAGUUAAAUCUGGACCUAAAGAAAGAAAGACCAGAAUCACUGGGCCAAUAGACGAUGAUCAAUCUAAAGACAGAAAUAGUAGAAUAACUGGACCAAUAGAGUUGGACGAUGAUCGGUCUAGAGACAGAAAAAGUAGAAUUACUGGACCAAUUGAGUUAGACGAUGAUAGGUCUAGAGAAAGAAAAAGCAGAAUUACUGGACCAAUAGAAUUGGACGAUGAUCCAUCAGAGGGGUUUGGACCAAGAGGCAGAGGACGGAUCCCAGGCUUACUUGAACUGGAGGAACAUGGUCCAAAAGGUCGCGGAAGAGGAGGACGACCCCCACCAGAUUUUGAUGACUCUGGAUUUUCUGAGGGUUUUGGGCCUGGUGGUCCUGGAAAUAGAGGCAGAGGAAUGGGACCUUGGAGAGGAAGGGGAGGGCCGAGGGGUCGAGGGGACUUCCACGGUGAAGGAGCAGACAGAGGCUGGGGAGGUCGUGGUGGUGGUGGUAGGGGGAGACCAAGAUUUGGUAAAUACAGGUAUCCUGAUGAUUUUGACGAUGAAGACUUUGAUGAUGACAGUUAUGGUGGACCCGAUGACUUUGACCAUGAACCUAUGCCUGGCCCAACACAUGGGAGAGGUGGAAGAGGUGGUUUUCAUGGCGAUGACGGCGAUUGGGGACCACCACAUAGGGAGGACUUUCAUGGAGGGCCUCAUAGAGGGCCAUUUGGUCAUGGACCUGGAGGUGGGGGGCCGCCAGGACAGUUUGGACCUGGUCAAGGCUGGAAUGAUGGACCCCCUAGAGGUAAUUUUGGGCCACCUGAUGGAGGCAAUCAAGGGCCACCACCGGGCCUUUUGGGGUAUGCCCCAAAUCAGCAGGGCGGAUUUGGUGGUCCUGGUCCAGGGCCUAUGGGCCCAGGGCCUAUGGGUCCACAACAGAUGGGUCCACAACAGAUGGGAUUUGGCCCACAGAUGGGUGGCGGACCAGGGAUGCCAGGACCUGUAGGGCCAGGACAUGGUUUUGGGCCAACUGGACCUCCUGGAUUCCCACCUCAAGGCCCUCCAACAUCAGGGUAUCAGCAACAAGGCCCACCUGGAAUGGGCCCGCCAGGGAUGUUUCAGCCACCUGGGAACUUCAAUCCAAUGCCACCACAAGGGCCACCACCAACUUUCUCUGGAGAAAUGUUUAACCCUAAUCAAGCUCCAAUCCCACCAUCAUUCCCGAGCAUACCACCACCACCUAUUCCUCAGAUACCCACUGCACAACAGCAUAGUGCUGACAUUUUGAUUGCUCAAGGAAUGAACCCAGACCUGGCAAAAAUUCUUGGACAAAACACCAGCAGCUAUCAGCAAAAUAGACCAGCUUCUGAAUCUGGCACUCCAAAGUCUAAAAAGAAGAAGAAGAAAGGAAAAAGUCAGGCUUCUGAUGAUGUAAAUGAAAGCUUUUCAUUGUUGCCGAUGUCAAUUCCACUGCCAGAUGUUCCUUUGCCCCCAGAGCCUAAAAAGAAAAAGAAAAAGCAUAAAAAAGACAAAGACCUUGAAAAUGUUAUGUUCCCACCACUUCCUGCAGUUGAAGACCUGAAAGUGGAAGGUCCUGCUCCAAAGCCAGCCUCUCCGCAGACUUCAGAUGAUGCUCUUUCAACAGGUUACAAUAAUACAUCUGUGGCAGUGCAACAGCCGAUUGGUGAAAUUUCACAGCAACCAGUGUCCUAUAACCAAGGCACAGGUAUCGCUAAUCAACCUUUCACUGAAUAUCAAGCUCUGGCUACCAAUCAGCAGUCAGUAGUAAUUGAUUUGCAACAGCAACAAGCAGGUAUUCCUAUGCAAGCUCUGAUGUCAGGAUCAGUUCCUCAAGGUGUUCAGGCCCCUCAAGCACAUGUCAGGAGGUCAAGGUUUGAUCCUAACUGGGUACCACCAACAUCAGCUUCAACUCAAGUAGGAUUCCCAGCACCACCCACUCUCACCCAGCCUUUUGCAAAUGAGCCAAACUCAGUUGAUAUUGCCCAGCAGUCAGUUCCUAAUGAAGAGAUUUUAGUUGAUAACCAAGGGCCUGGCAUUGGUGAGAUUGACACUUUAAAAGCACCUAUGGAAUACCAGUCAUCAGGGGAAAAUUCAGAUAAAGCUGUGGUUGGUGAAAAUUCAGACAGAAUACUAUCAAGAGAGGAUAGUGCUUUUGACCUGACUCCAAAAGAACCUGUUACUGCUGCGCAGUUGUUGGAAAAGUUUAAGCAAAAGAAACAAAUUAAGGGCGAUUCAAGAACUGAGUUGACAAAAUUUCCUGUGGCUCUUCCACAACCAAUCAUUACGAAACCAGUUGUUCAGGAAGAUGAUAAAAGUAAUCAACAAAGUCAAGUGUCAAAUAAGAAUUUAUUUGCUAAUUUGACCAUAAGAAAGCUUAAGCAAAUUGAAGCGGAGCAAGAGGAGGAAGAAAAGCAAGCACUUACAACUCUUCCAGCUGAUCCAGUACUAACUUCCACACCAUCCGAACCAACUGAAAAUGUGUCUGAAAAAUUUAAAGAGACAAGCAAACCAAAAGAGCUUGAAAUUAGAAAAAGGUCUGAAUCAAGAUCCAAAGAAAGUAAAAUAAGGAAAAGGUCUGAAUCAAAAUCCAAAGAAAGUAGACGGAAAUCUAGGUCUGCUUCAAAAGACCGAAAGCCAAGACAUGUUAAAAGUAUUUCUAGAGAUCGCAGCAGGUCUAGGGAAAGAAAAAGAAGAGAUAGAAGAAGUAGAUCCAGAGGAAAACGUAGCAGAUCUAGAGACAGAAGUAGAUCAUAUACCAGACGAAGGCGUAGUCGAUCCAGAGAAAGAAGUAAAUCCUUUGGAAGGUCUAGAGGUCGAUUUGGCAGAUCAAGGGACAGAAGUAAAUCAUUUGAAAGGUCAAGAGGAAGACGCAGCAGAUCAAGAAACAGAAGUAAGUCGUUUGAGAGGUCUAAACGAUCAGUCUCAGCAGACAGAAAAAAGUCAAUAUCCCCAAAGAGAAGAGAUAAGGAAAAUUCUAAAAAGAAUGACAGAACAAAUGAGACUGAUGUGAAGGUUAGGGCAAGUGGUUCUAGAGAAAGAAGUAGAAUUAAAGAAAAAAGUCAAGAACGUAGAAGUAAGGACCGUGACAGGCAAAGGGAUAAAAGCUUAGACAGAAGGUCAGAAAGUAAACAGCCUGACAAGAAGUUAACCAAAGAGCGUGAAAGUACUGCUAAGAGGGAUAAGUCAGCAAGGAAAAGCCUUGAAAAAAAGGAAGGAAGUGAGAAACGGGAGAAGAGGCAAAAGAAAGAAAGUAGCUCAAAUGAUAGCUCUUCAAGUGAUUCUUCUGAUGACGAUAGAAAACAAGGUAGAAAUGUAAAAGAAAAGGUAAAUAUUGAAAGUGUAGAAACAAGCAGUGGCAUAGGAAAUGAAGCUGCAAAGAAAACAAGUUCACAGAAAGCAGAUUCAGCCAAAGAACAGGCAAAGGAAAAUGGAACAGAACUGAGGUCUGCUGAAACCAAAGAAGAAAUGGAAGUUGAGGGACCAGCUCUUCCCCAGAAUUUAUCAAAACAUGAAGAUGAUAUGAAAGAGGAGGGUGAAGUUAGUGAUGUCAGUCCUCAAGAAACAGAAAAAGAAAUAUUUCCCAUUGAAAAAACUGACACUACUCAAAAGGCUAGAGACAAUAGUGAGGAAAGUGAACAAGAGGAAAGAGAACUAAGAAAGUAUUCGAAGAAACAUCAAAAGAGAAGUGAGAAAAGAGACAAAACAAGAAAUGAAGAAAACAUCGAAUCAGAUUCAGAUGAUGAUACCAAAAGAAAGAUUAAACUGUUGAAGAAAAAUGUAACUGAAGAUGAUAGUAGACAAACCCGAAAAGAGAAAGAUUCUGAAAAGGCAAAUAGAACAGAGAGAACAACCAAAAAUUAUGCAACAGAUAGCAAACCUCUGCAGAGAAAAAGCACUGGAAAGAUUGAUUCAGAUAAUGAAAAUAGAAGAAAACCCAUGCGAUCACCAUCAUAUGAAGAAGAUAGUGAUGCUAACACAAGAAGCAGAAACAUACCCAAGAGCAGGGAUCGAAGACAGGAUAGGGAAAGUAUUGAAGUAGAUGCUAUUAAGGCUGCUAAAUCAAAAUGGGACAGUGGGAGCGAGAGUGGUGACAACUACAUGAAAGAUCACAAUGAAGAAUUGCCUAUUCCAAAGUCAGCAGAAUUAAAAAGAGUGGAAAAGCCAAGCACAAGUAGAAUAGAAAAGAUCGAUAUUGACAUCAGUAAGAUUAAUCAGAUGAAAUUAUUAGAUAAGAUAUUGAAAAAACAAAAGCAGAAACUUGAAAGUGAAGAAAGUUCUGAUGAAAGUUCAGAUGAUGACUUGCAACCAUUUAAAAAAAAGAAGGACUCAGGUAAAUCAAAGAAAAAGAAUAAGAAAGAUAAAAAGAAGAAAAUGAAGAGUGAUUCUGAAAGUGAAGAGGAGAAGCCCAAGAAAAAGAAGAAAACAAAGAAAAAAAAAAAAUCACGAGUAGAAGAAAGUGACGAUGAUGUUGAUAUUACGUCAAAGAAGAAGAAGAAAUCGAAGCAUGCAACAUCAGACGAAUCAGAAGAUUCAGAAUAUGAAAAAAGAAGACAUAAGAAAACCGAUAUAAAGGAAAAAGGGUCGAAGAAAAAGCCCCGUAAUGAGCAAUACAGUGAUGAAUCUGAGCCCGAAACCAAUAAGAGGAAAGAGAAAGAAAGAGCUAAAGAAAGAAAUAAGCAGCCUAUCAGUCUCGAGGAAACUAUUCCAAGAAAGAAGAAAAUGAAGACUUAUGAAAAUGCAUCAGAUGAUGAUGAUAUCAGACUGAGAAAAAUUCGUCAAAAGCACCAGUCUGACAGUGAUGACAAUGUGGAACAUACUGAGAGAAGAAGAUUGAAAAAAGACACAUCAAAGAAGCAAGGUAAAGAUGAUAAAGUGAAGGCCUUUAAAGAAAGCUCGGAAAGUGAAAGUGAUGAUAUGGCUAAAAUGAAAUUGAAAAGACAUAAUAAAAAAGAGAGAGAUAAUGAAAGCAGUGAAACAGAAAUGCAUGUCAAGAAGCAUGGUUCUGAAGGAAAAAUUAAAAGUGCGGAAACAAAGAAGAGCAAGAGCAUGAAAACUAGAAGUUCCAAUAGAUCAGAGGAGAGUGAUGAAGAAACACAUGAAAGUAAAAUAAGAAGCACUGAUAAAAGACAACGUCAAAGGCUCAAAAAGACUUCUAGAAAAGAAGAAUCCUUUGAAGCUUCAAGUGAUGAAGAUGAUAUAAAAGCAAUAAAAAGUAAAAAGAAAACAAUUGACGUGGAUGAUAAUGAACAAGAACCUGUAAGGAAGGCUAGGAAAGGGCACAUUGAUUCUGAUGAGGACAUAAUUGAAAGGUCUGCUAGAAAAAAAUCAUAUGAAAGAACUGUAAAGGUCUCAAAGGAAAGAUCACUGGGAAGUAAAAGGAGCAUAAGUAGGGAGGAUGACAAAUACUUGCAGACUUCAAUAACAGAAAAGAAACCAAAACGUAAUCAUAGUGAUGGCUCUAAAAGCAAAAGUAGAAGUCCGUCAAGAAAUAAAAUUCAAAAAUUGGAAAAAGUAAAACAAAGAAGCGAUUCUCAUAGUGCAUCAGACAUAAACAUAAAAAGUAGACGAGGACAAAUGUCUGAUGAUUCCAGCGAAGAGGAGAAAUCGACUAAGAAGAAAUUAAGUAAAGUAAAGAAAACUAGCAGUAGAGAUAGCAAGUCUGGAGAAGAAGAAAUAAUUUAUAAGAAAAAACAAGAGGAGAAAGAAGCAAUUGACACAACAUUAGAUAGAAAUACAAGAGCAAAAAGGCACAAACAUGAAGAAUCUGAUGACGAUUAUAGAACUAGAAAGAAACGAAUAGACACAGAACAAAGUCCAAAACAUUACAGCUCUAGUUCUAGUGCUGAUUCUUCUAGUGAUGGCUCCUCAUCCAAUGAAUCAGACAGUGAAUUUGAAACCAAACAAUCUAAAUAUGCGACCGGUCAAAAAAACGUGCAAGCUGGGACAAGUCUCAAGAUGAGGCUUGUCCCAGGUACUCCAAUGGAAAAAAACGUAGACAUUGAUAUUGAUGAAAAGAAGAUGGAAAUACAAGAGAACACUACAACAACUACAACAAAGUCAGCUCAAACCAGCCAAACUGAAAAGCAAAUUACAAACACUGAAGGCAAAGGUGACGCUUAUACAGAUUCCAAGGCAAAAAAGAAUUUUAAGUCAGCACAAGAAAUGGAAAGUUCAAUUAGAAGUGAAGAUUUAUUGGCACCAGAUGUAUUGUGUAGUGAGGAAACCAAAGAUCUUAAAGAAAACAAAAAUAUUGACCCGUUGGCUAAUCGUCAGGACACAAAUCUUGAAAAUUCACAAAAAAAGAGCAAAAAAGAGGAGAAUUUGUCUGAAUUGUAUGAUCCAUUUGAAGGCAUGAGCAGUGAUUCAGAUAUUGAUAAUAAUUUAGUUUUGCCAACUGCAAAAACAAUAACUGCAGGUGCUUCCGUAAAAGAACCAGUUAUCAACACUGCACAACAGGGAACACCUAGUAUGAAUGCCAGUUAUAAAUUCACUGCUCCACACAUGAUUCCACAACUUGAAGUGGACACGUUUCAACAGAAAGCUAAUCUGCCUACUUCUAUUUAUCCAACAAUAUUGCCUGUACCACCAGCGGUAUCCUCAUCAAUUACAGGCAUUUCAAACACACAAUUAGGUGUGCCAGACAAGCAGUUAGACAUAAAUUUAAAAGAUAUUAAAGAAGACAGGUCCGUUAUUAAACAGGUUAUUGUGAAGACAAUUAUUCCUGGAAGGAAAAGACAGGAAAUAAAUGUAAAGAAGUCCAGAUGGGACACUGGCAAAGCUCCCCCAGAAGGUGAACUGUAUGAUCCUUUUGCAAUUGAUUCAGACUCUGAAGAGGAUCUAAUAGAACCAAAUGCAAAUAACCAAAAAAGUCUGCAUCAAGAACGAUUGAUAAGUGUACCAGAAAGUGUUAAUAACGUAAAAGCUGAUGAACGUAAAAGAGAGGUUAAUAAACCAGCAGAAAAAAAGUCAGAAACAUCUGUUCAGCAGAUGGCUCCACUUUCUGUUCCUAAAAUUGCUGGUUCUCAAGUAAGCCAGUCUGGUGAAGAAGAAAAAAGUUUGACGAAUCUGGAUUCAAAAUCAACACCAGAGUCUCAAAACAAAAUAACUAUGAAAUUAGCAGUUGGAAGGAAGGUAAUUGGAAAGUCUGCAAUCACAGCUGAUGAUGUUGAUGAUGCAGAUACUAUUAGUAGUGUUUCCAAUUUACCUAAGUUAAAACUACCUAAACCGUCUGAAGACUUGAGUGUGCUUAUGAGUAUAGCAGGACCAGCUAUUGUUCCUGUAGGAAAACCAAAAGACAAACGUUUAACACUUUCAUCUACCAGAAGAAGUAGUUCAAGUGAAAGAAACAUGUCACCCAAGAAAGACAAAUCUCGGGACAGGAAAUCAAAAUCGCCAGAAAAACGUAAAUCCAGGAGUAGAUCUGGAGAUAAAAAGAUUCACAGUUCAUUAACGGAUAAUUCUAGCUCAUCAAGUGACAGUGAGGAAAAUAAAUCGGGUAGGAAAGGCAGGAGAAGUAGAUCCAAGGAUAAAAGGAAUAGGUCAAGGGAUAGAAGAAGUAGGUCAAAAGGUAGAAGUAGUUCAGAGGAUAGAAGUCGGUCAAAGGGUCAAAGAAGUGGGUCAAAAAGUAGAAGAAGCAAAUCACGUGAAAGGAGAAGAAAAGGGUCAAGGGAAAGAAGAAGUAGAUCAAAAGACAGAAGAAGAAGUAGAUCUAAGGAACGAAAAAAAAGUAGAUCUAAGGAAAGAAAAAGAAGUAGAUCAAGGGAAAGAAAAAGAAGUAGAUCAAGGGAAAGAAAAAGAAAUAGAUCAAAGGAAAGGAAAAAAAGUAAAUCAAAAGAAAGAAAAAGGAGUAGAUCGAAGGAGAGGAAAAGAAGUAGGUCAAAUGAUAACAAUAAAUAUAAGUCUGAUGAAGGGUCUAAAUCAAAGGAAAAUACACAAAGUAAAUCUAAUGACAAGACUGGUGACAAAGCAGACAGAAGUGUUGAUACUGAUUUAAAUGAAAAGAACCAUCUUAUGACAUUUGAAACUAUAAAAACUGAUGAAAAAAGAGAAAUAUCCAAAGACCGUGACCUGCCAAUACCAAAAACUUGGGAACAAGAAAAAACUGAUGAAGAACUGAGUGGCAAUGCGAAACAACUGCAAGGUAACAGUGAAGUAGAUUGUUCAAGUGAACCUCAAAAAGAAAAUGUUAAAUCAAAAGAAAGUAGCCCUGAAGAUUCAAAUUGGAAUAGAGAAAAUGCGCGUCCUAGAAGCAUUUCUCCCACAGAACAUCCAUCCAUAUAUAGGCAAGAGUUGAGAAGAUCUCCAGAGAGAGAACGGAGUGAAAGUUCGGGAAGAAGUCAUGCUAAAGAAAACAAAAGGUCUAUUUGUUCAAGCAGCAAAAGUAGUUCCUCUUCAUCAGAAUCUGAUACUGAAAAAGAUUCUAUUCAGCUAGAGAGAGAUUUACACAUAGAGAACAAAUGUACUUCCUCAAAUAUGAAUACAUUGGUUAUCAAAAGUAAGGAAGAUGACAUUAAAAGUAAGACAGAAGUGCAUACAACUUUUAAUGAAAGCAUUCAGGUAUUGAAAACAACAAGUUACAAGAAUAAUAGUAUCAAUAGCACUAAAUCUUUUGAUGACCCCAAUGCUCAAAAUGGAAUCCCUUCAAAUGUGGAAAAUCUAAUAAUACCUUUGCCCCAGUCUAAUAGUGGCCUGUCUUUUGAACCAGCUGCAAUGAAGGUAGUUAUAAAGGAUGAUAAAGGUGGACUUCUGAAGAAUAAUGUAGAAUCUGAUUCAAGAGAUAAGACUUACAACAAAACAACAGAUUCGAAUGAACAUGGUACAAAAACACUUGUUAACAUUAAAUCAGUGAGAGAAGAUGAUGACACUGAUGUAAAUCAAAGUGAAGAUUCAAGUCCGAAGAAGAUUUAUGAUGUUUUAAUAGUUCCUAAAAAAUUGACCCGACGUCAGGCUGCAGAAGCCAAAAUUGUUUUGCCACCAGUAAUGAGCAAAAGCAUGCCAGUUAGAGGUAAACGUAGCAGGGAAGCAAGUAACUUAGGUCUUGCCGAAUUUGCAGUUGAUAAAGCAGAAAGUGAUGAAGAGAUUUAUGAUGUAGGAAAAAAAAGACAUAGAAAGCAGGAUAAUGAAAGUAGUUGCUUUGAUGGGAAAGAACCUGUUUAUGAAAGUAUUUCUAUAGUAAGAAAGGAUAAUGAAGAAGAAUUUGAUGUUGUUCCAACGGAAAAGGUGCAGGAUAUCUUGGUGCGACCUAUCAAUAUUGAUGAAAAUAAGAAUACCUUGCCACUUAUCUAUGCCGACCCUGAAGGUAAAGAUGUACAAACUAAUCCUGUAUCUGGAUCAAAUGAGAUUGGAGUUGUUGAUAUGGACCUAGAAAACUCCAACUCCCCACCAAACAUUGAAAUCAUUCAAUCAUCAAGUUUUGAAAAUGUUCUGUCAGAACAAAAAUUGUCUGAGACUGUUAAUAAAGGGAUCCAAAUCCAGAAUACUCAGUCAAAUGUCAGUGAGGCUAAUGAUGAGAAGAAGAGUUUCUCACUGAAGUUGACUUCACAAGUUUUGAAGAAAUCUCAGAAACUUGAAGACAUUUUUGACACAGACUCUGACAAGAAACCGAUCAAACCGUUGCAGAAAAUUAAACCUCUUCCAUUUACUCCUCCAGGGUUUCCAAAACCAGCCAAGAUUGUAGUAACUACUGCCAUUGCAACAUCAUUUAAACCUCUGAACACUGAAGCAAGUGAAAUUGUUUCUGAACAGUCAACGUUGGUUGAAAACAUAGGUUCAACCAGCAACUUGGAAACUCACUCCAGUGAUAAUGCUUUAUCUCUUUCACUUACUAGUGAAAACGCUGAUACAAAUGCUAGUUUCCCAAAUCCUGUGAGGGAGGUUGAACCUCCAAACAUUAAAGUUGUGCUGUCUGAUGUAUCAAAGCUAUCACAGAUUAGUCCUGAACAAAUUGGAAAAGCAAUACAAGUUAUUGGCCAAGAAAACCUCAGAAGAAUAGAAGUGUUGAAAAGGGAAAGUGCCAGGGUAACUCAAGGAAGAAAUAUUGAAGUAUUAAGCAAAACAAGAGGAACUUUCACCACAGACAGCACUUCUGGGCAAGAGUUUAGUCAGAUGCAUCCAUCGAAUAGCUAUCAAGCAAUUGGUGAAGAGGAGGAGUUGCAAAGAUUGGAAAAUGAGAAAGAACAACUUCUUUCAAUGCUGCAGGAAGGAGAGAAUUCUGAAACAGGAGUGCAGCUGUCUGUUGUAGACAGAUACGAUGCUGGUGAGAAAGGUGAUCGAUCUAAGACAUACAGGGAGAACGAUGAUUUUCAAAGAUAUGGUGAUCGUGAAAAGGACUCAAAGGGCAAAAAUAAAACUGAUCAGGCAAGAAGAAGUAGCACCUCAUACAGAAAUAGGCAAGAUGAUCUUGAGGACGGUCAUGAAAGAUAUGAUAGAAGAAGUUCAAGGGGUGACAAAAAAGAAAGUAAGGAAGAUAAAGGUCGAGACGGGGAUGAAUACAGUGGGAAAAUGUCAAAUCGAGAUAGAAGUAGAGACAGGGAAAACAGUAGGGACAAACAAAAACGGAGAACAAGCAGGGAUGAAGAUAGGUACGACAAUCGUUCGAGGCGAAGGCAUUCCAGAAGUAGAAGUUGGUCUAGAGAUAGAAGUCGCAGAAGCAGGUCCAGAACUAAAAGAAGUAGGAGCAGAAACAAAAGUAGAGAAAGAAGAAGUCGAAGUUUGGACAGGCGUAGAGAUAGGAGAAGUAGAAGUUUGGAAAGGCGCAGGAGGAGUAGAAGCAGGGAGAGGAUAAGGAGAAGUCGGUCUAAAGAUAGAAGGAGUCAUUCAAGAGAUCACAGAAGUCGAAGUCGUGAAAGAAAUAGAAGAAGAAGGACUCGCUCUAAAUCUAGAUCCAAAGAGAGAAAACCUAAAGAUAAAGGUGACAGAAAUAAAGAGAAGGAAGACAAAUCAAAGCAGUCAGCUUUAGAAAAAUUUGAAAAGGAGCUUGCAGAGAAGAAAAAGAUAUUGCUCCAACCAGUAGUACCCACAGCUCAGCAAACUGUACAGGUUGAUCAGACACAAAUUUUGACAUAUGACCAGCAACAGUAUUUGGCCAUGCAAGGACACUUUGGAUCAAUUGAUCCAAAUACAGGCCAGUAUCUUCCACAGCCUUACCCUAAUCAACCUCAACAGUCAUUGCCUAUGCCGCCUUUUCAGCAGAUGCCAGGAAUGCCAGAACAACAGUUUCCACCAGGCUUCCAUGGCAUGAUGCAGCCGAUGAUACCUCCACAGCACAUGCAACAUGGUGGUCAGUUCUUUCCUGAACCAUUACUGGUCCCACAGUACUACCCAGAUGGUUCAAUGCCUGUUCCUUCUUUUGAUCAGCAUCCAAUUGAGUGUGCACCAUUUUCUGGGCAUGGCGGACAGCCAUUCCAACCUGACAUGUUUACAAAUAAUUCUGGUAUGGAGGGUAACUUUAUGCCACAAGAGCAUCAUGGUGGUUAUGAUAAUGGCUAUAUGGGUCAAGGAAAUAAGGGUAAUGAGUCAAAUGCAUUCAUGGAAGGACAAUUUAGAUGGCCGCCUGGAAAUCAAAGAAAAGUGCGUAGACGUACAAAUGAGCAGUAUGUUGAAGCAAGAAGGGAAGAACCCUUGGACGUACACCCACUGGAGAAAAUGAAGAGAGGAAUAGGAGGACCUGGUAUGCCUGGGUUUCCUAUUGUAAAAAUGCCUGUCCAUAGCUUUGAGAGACAGGACAGCAGUGGCAGUAGCAAACAAUCUUCACCAGUGGUACGUACGCCUCCAAUAGUACCAUUAAUGGACAUCAAGGUAGAACCACCUUACUUGGGUUAUCAAAAAGCAGAAAUUCCUGUGGAAGAUCAAAGUUCAAAGCUGCUUAAAGCAGAGAUACUUGAAAAGUUUGAAGAACCACUGGAAGAUAGUUCGCAAGAUGAGUCCCAAACGAGGACACCACCGCAGCCAUCUGAGGAUUUAUCAGAGUCGGACUCUGGCGUUGGAAAGGCCAUGAAGGUCAAGUCUCGUUGGCGCCGUGCAAGUGAGGCUGAGACCCCUCCUCCACCACCUCCACCCCCCUGCAGGAGGAAAUACUUUGGUCCAGGCGGCACGGUCUCUGAGAAACUGGAGUCUGAUCGUACAGAGGAAGAUAUUCCGCUUCUGUUUGACCUGAUAGCUGAGAACGAAUACCUGGCUGAGAGGAAGCGUUCCAAGCAGAUGCGCGAGGUGCGGCGCAUGGUGUGUGACUGUACAACAAGCCGCGAUGACCGUGAGAUGGGCUAUGAUGCCUGUGGAGAAGACUGCCUCAACAGGAUGCUCUUCAUUGAAUGUGGCUCGAAGUGUCCAUGUGGAGAACACUGCACCAACAAGAGAUUCCAGAGUAAACAAAAUGCGAAGGUGUGCCCGUUCAAGACUGAUUGGAAAGGACAUGGUCUACAAGCUGUUGAAGAUUUACAGCCGGGCCAGUUUGUGAUGGAGUACGUAGGAGAGGUUCUGGACUACCCGAUGUUCAAGAAGCGUUCCAAGCAGUACUCGCGUGCCGGCCAGCAGCACUUCUACUUCAUGGCCAUCAACCCCGAGGAGAUCAUUGACGCCACAUACAAGGGCAACAUCUCACGCUUCAUCAACCACAGCUGUGAUCCUAACUGUGAGACCCAGAAGUGGACUGUGAAUGGUGUCUUGCGUGUGGGUUUCUUUGUUCGCAAGCCUGUCAAGAAAGGAGAAGAGAUCACCUUUGACUACAAAUAUGAAGUCUAUGGCAAGGAGGCCCAGAAGUGUUUUUGUGGCACGUCGGUGUGUCGCGGCUGGCUGGGCGGAGACAAGAAGAUGGAACUGCGCUCAACAAGACGAGCCACUUCCCAGGACGAACAGGAGCGCAGGAGGGCGGAACUGUUUGAUGACAGUGACAAGUUAGAGGAAGAGAUAGAGCGGAUGUCAGAGCUGGAGCAGGGACUCAGGAACAAGACAGACGUGCUCAACAUCUGUCGUCUCAUGGUGCGGGCCGAGGACCCAGAACACAGGAUGCAGAUCCUGCAAGUGCUGGAGAACACUACAGAGCCGGCCUGCCUGCGCCUGUUCCUGGACUAUCAUGGCCUAUCUCUGCUCUGGUGCUGGAUGGCUGACCUGAAAGAACAGGUCUCCGAUCUCAAACUCAUUAUUCUGAAGAUUCUUAAGAAGCUGCCUAUCACCAACAAAACGAUGCUGGUGGACAGCAAGAUCCUUGACAUGGUCACAAAAUGGUCUGAGACCGUGGAGGGCAGCCUUGGGACGCUGGAGAGCCUCAAAAUGGCCGCCAAGUGGUCAGCUGGCCAGGGACUGGACAGUAUGGACAGCUUGACCACAGAGGCCACUAUGGACACGACGGACAACACUGAGGACGACAGCGAGACCUUCGUCCAGACUAUACCCGUUCUCUCGUUGAAAAACCCAGUGUCAAUUUUGGCUGCCAUUGGCAAGAAGUCAGUGAAAAAGACCGUCAAAUUUGCCGAUGUUGAAUCGUCAUCGGACAAUGAGUCACGGGCUAGCGCCAGUGAGAAUGAGAACCCCACAGAGUCUGUGGAGAGUGACGUGUCAAGUUCAUCCAACACGAUCGUUACCCCCAGGCGGAGUUUGCGGCGUAGGGUCCUGGCAAAAGACGCCGCGCCGAUAGUCAGGAAACCUGAAGAAGAGGAAGCUGCCACUGAGGAUGUGACGCAGUCUGCUGACGCUGACAGCUCCACUGAGAACCAUUAUAAGACAGGGGAGGGCACUCUGUCUGGCGAUGUUCAGACAGGGGAGGUAAUUGGGGAGCAUGAAGAAAAAGUACAUACAGAAACUACAAUGCAAAUUGCUGAUGAACUUGAAAAUCUUGAAGAAAAGGAUGAAGCGGGAACUUCUGAUGAUAAGCUGGAGAGAAGAAGACCAUAUCAGACAAGGAGAGUGAUCAAGAACUUGGCGAUGUCUCUCCUGGAACAGUGGGCUAGUCUCAAGGAGGUGUACAAGAUCCCCAAGAAGCAGGUGCUGGAGGAGAGGAAGAGGACUGAGAGGGAGCUGGACACCAACUAUGAGAAACUGGCCAAGCUGGAGCAGAAGAAAAAGAAGGUGUCUGGUUGGGAUUCUGACAAGGGUCGCAAGAGAAAACGAGAGCUGGUGGCAAAGGAUGACACGGAUGAAUCAGACUCUGGAACUCAAAGCAGGAAGUCCAACCUGGUGACGCCGCCGCGCAUGAGCAAGACUGAGCGGCGACAGAUGUUUGAGGCUCAGGUGAAGGCACAGGAUGAGAUGGUGGCAGAGUACCAGAGACAGCAGGAGCUCAUGGAGCAGGAGACCAGGGAGCAGUAUGAACAGGAGCAGCUAAGGCAACAGGAACACCAGCGUGAGUUGAUGCAGGACCCUGGCUUCUGGUACUAUGCUACUCAGGACCCCACCUUCCUGCCCUCCAUAGGCAUCGACCCACAAACCUUCCUGCAGCAAUUGGCCAAUGACCCACCGCUGUUGCAGCAGCUCAUGUCUACCAUUCCCAACUUCCCCCAGCAGCUAGAACACUUAACACUGAUGUAUCAGCAAGCCGUGUUGCAGGCAAGCCAGGCAGAGAUGCUGCAACACGGGGUAGAGUUGGCCCCACCCACCCUGCCUGAGAUUGCAGACAAUGAGCCAAUGACAGAGCAGCAUCUGGCCUUCCUGCAACAGGUUGAGGCGUUCAAACAGCAGCACCUGGAGCACCCGGCAUCGUCUAGGGUUGCCAUGGCGACCAUGGAGGAUGAUGAUGUGCCACCACCCCCAUCCCCACCCAAGAGCAAGACAAUCGUGCUGCCCCCAAACUGGAAGACUGCAAAGGACGCAGAGGGAAAAAUGUACUACUAUCACACCGUUACCAGGCAGACACAGUGGGACCCUCCCAAUCUGGACACGGGGGAACAUGUGGAUGAUAUGGACCUGGGCACCCCCACAAUGGAUGAUACCACUUCCACCAAGCGCUAUUACCUGCCCUCCCUGUACUCAUUCACGAUGCAGUUAGAGACCAUUACGUCCACCUCUCCCUCGACUAACAUGCCUGCCCGGGGCAUGGUGGUGGUGACGGAGAGCAAGGUGGAGGGCGAGAGGGAGAAAGAGAAGACUACGACAGCGGCUGCAGACACCUCUAGUGAAAUGUCACGCAAACUCAAGGAGCACUUCAAAUCUAAGAUGUCAUCCUGGAUUGUGGUGUGCCUGAAUCCAUUCCGGAAGCCCGACUGCAAGCUGGGACAAAUCAACAGCACUGAAGACUUCAAGCACCUUGCAAGGAAGUUGACCCACCAUGUGAUGGCCAAGGAGUUGAAGCACUGUCGUCACGUGGAGGACCUCGAAGUGAACGAGAAUGUCAAGUCCAAGGCCAAGGACUUCGUUAGGAAGUACAUGGCCAAGUUCGGCACUACCUACAAGCGUUCUGGAAACUCACCAACUUAUGACUGAGAAUGUCCAAUCAAUAUAUUUAACUCGUCAAAGUAGCACUGAUAAUUUUCAAUCAGUAUCCGCAAUGUUCUUGUCUUAUAGGGAAGUGGUGGUCAAGAUUAUUUUGUUCAACAGGAUAUUGUGACGGGACAGCAAUUUGUGAGUUGCAGUUGGCACCAACUUACGAUGGAGAUUGUUCAAUCAAUCACCGCAACGUUCUUGUGUUGUGGCAAACCCCUAUACAAGUUACUUUCUUCGAAAACGCUUUUGUGGUCCAAAAGCAUUUUGUGAGUAUAUUCAAUUCCUGUUGGCAGUAUUUUGUGAAUAAUGGUCUAGACAAUAUUAUAGUGAACAUCAGAUUGCGCAAUACUUUAUGAAUAACCUGACACUGCCUUGAAUCUGUUGCUCUGCAUGUGUUAUAAGCUGAAUUCCAGAUUGAAGGGGUUAUGUGCUUCUCUAACCCUUUCAUACUCAGAAGCAAAGUGAAAAUGGCUUUUGCAAUCAGCACAAAACCAGAACAGACUGCGAGUAACUCACAGUCUGUUUUGCUUUUAUGCUGUUUGCUGCUCAUCAGUGUCGUAAGGUGUGAAAUGAAGCCUUUAAAACUUGAAUGUAAAGAAGAUUUUAUAUUUAAUUCUAAUUAAAAACGAACUACAAACGCAUGAAAGUGCCUUCGUAAGGGGCUAAGGGGUAAAAAAAAAAGAAUAAGAUGUACAUUUUAUUGUAUGAUAUCAUGUUGUCAACAUUCUCGAUCAAGCAAGAUUGCAUAGCAAUUAAGUUUAUAAUUAGCUGCAGUUAUUGAAAUUGAUUGAAAUGGUUUGUUUUAUAUAUGGUAGACAUUUUGUCGAAUACAUUUAUUCUUGAAUGUGUCUUGUUUAUAAUAUAUUAUAAUACUGUUGAAAAGGUUAAUGAUACCUUUCUUAUAAAUAAAAUAAUGAUAAAAGCUUAUGGAAUUGUCAUCAAUUGAUUGUCUUUAAUCUUGAUAAUUUUCACUUUUGUGAAUAUUGAAAAGUCAGUUAAGCAUUCUAUACAGUCUGGUCAUUUUCUAAUAUGUGAGUUAUUUUUAUGCCCCCGUAAGUUAUUUUUAUGCCCCCAGAUCGAUAGAUCGGGGUUAUAUUGUUUUUGGCCUGUCUAUCUGUCAUUCUGUCAUUCUGUCCCAAAACUUUAACGUUACAGUAAAGUUGUGCAAUAACUUUUGAAAUAUUGAACAUAGCAACUUGAUAUUUGGCAUGCAUGUGUAUCUCAUGGAGCUGCACAUUUUGAGUGGUGAAAGGUCAAGGUCAUCCUUCAAGGUCAAAGGUCAAAAAUUUAAAAAUUUAAUAUAGUAAAGUUUUGCAAUAACUUUAAAAUUAUUGAACAAAGCAACUUGAUAUUUGGCAUGCAUGUGUAUCUAAUGGAGCUGCACAUUUUGAGUGGUGAAAGGUCAAGGUCAUCCUUUAAGGUCAAAAAAUUUAAUAAUUUAAUAUAGUAAAGUUGUGCAAUAACUUUUGAAAUAUUAAACAUAGAAACUUGAUAUUUGGCAUGCAUGUGUAUCUCAUGGAGCUGCACAUUUUGAGUGGUGAAAUGUCAAGGUCAUCCUUCAAGGUCAAAGAUCAAAUAUUUAAAACUUUCAUAUAGUAAAGUUUUGCAAUAACUUUUGAAAUAUUGAACAUAGAAACUUGAUAUUUUGUAUGCAGGUCUAUCUCAUGGAGCUGCUCAUUUUGAGUGGUGAAAGGUCAAGGUCAUACGUCAAGGUCAAAGGUCAAAUAUUGAAAACUUAAAUAUAGUAAAGUUUUGCAAUAACUUGAAAUAUUGAACAUAGCAACUUGAUAUUUGGCAUGCAUGUGUAUCUCAUGGAGCUGCACAUUUUGCUUGGUGAAAGGUCAAGGUCAUCCUUCAAGGUCAAAGGUAAAAUAUUUUAAACUUUAAUACAGUUAAGUUUUGCAAUUACUUUUGAAAUAUUGAACAUAGCAACUUGAUAUUUGGCGUGCAUGUGUAUCUCAUGGAGCUGCACAUUUUGAAUGGUGAAAGGUCAAGGUCAUCAUUCAAGGUCAAAGGUCAUCCUUCAAGGUCAAAGGUCAAAAAAAUAAUAAUUUCAAAGUGGCGUUAUCAUGAAGCUUCACAUUUUGAGUGGUGGAAGUUCAAGGUCAAGUUCAUCCUUCAAGGUCAAGGUCAUCCUUUAAGGUCAAAGGUAAAAAAUAAAAUAAUUUCAAAGCGGCGUUUUAUGAAGCUGCACAUCUUAGUGGUGGAAGUUCAAGGUCAAGGUCAUCCUUCAAGGUCAAAGGUAUAAUAUAAAAUUUAAAGCGGCGCAAUAGGGGGCAUUGUGUUCCUGACGAUCACACAUCUCUUGUUUUACCUAAACUCACGCAUGCAAACAUACACAUAUGGACCAAACACAUUUUUUAAAUACAUAUGGUAUAAAAGACCUUACUUUAAAAGUUGGUUCUUUUAUACAGAUAGAGCUGUGUUGUAAAAGAAAGGUUGUAAAAGAACAGAACAGAAUAAACAGUUUCUAUGUGCUAUAUCAUGAUAUUGUUUACUGGUGUCUAAAAAGUUCCAUUUUGUCCCGUAUUUCUUAGACACUUUGAAUAUAUUUGUGUGUGUGUCAGAUUAUGUUUAUAUUAAACCUUUCCCACUCAGAAGCAGCAUGAAAAUGGCUUUGUGCAAACAGCAUAAAACCAGAACAGCCUGCGAGUAACUUGCAGUCUGUUCAGGUUUUAUGCUGUUUGUUACUCAUCAGUAUCUUAUGGUUGGAAAUGAAGCCUUUCAAACUUGAAUACCGGUAUAAUAAGAAAGAACUUAAAUUUAAUUUGAUUUUCUAAAGGACUUCAAAAGUGUCAAAAUUGUGUUUAUGAGUGGUAAAGGGUGAACAGGCAUUAGUUACAAUUUCCAAUUGUGUCCCUUAGUGGUGGAUUUGUUCAUUUCUAUAUAUUUAAGCAAAUAUGCCACUUAAUUCACGUUAAUAGCUAAACUCAUCAGGUGAUUAAAUUUAUACACAAAAUAACCCAUAAACUUUAAAAUACAGAGGAUAUUUGUUGAUUUCAAUGUAAGAUCUUGUGAAAACACUAAUGAAAUCUGAUAUCAGCGUGGUUUUACUCCUGUAAGUGUCGUUUAAUGAUUAAUAUAUUGUAUUGUUAACAAUGCAAGAUGUAUUUUGUUGUGUGCUGUACUUAAUUUUAUGUUUGAGUCAGCGUAAAUGACUUCUAUUAAUUCUGUAGUGUAAAUGUGAAUUUCUUAAAAUUGAUUUAUUUGGUGUACAACUGCUUAAUAAUUAGUUAUGUACUUUUCUUAAGAAAGUAUAGUAUUUUGCAAAUAUUUUUUAAAUAAAUACAUUGUAUGCUUGAAUAUAUUUUGUAUAGUGUUUAUUUGACUUACGAUUGUUGUUUAUUUUUAGCUAGAAAAACCCUUUGAAUAUUGACCAUUUAAAUUUGUGGCAUCACAUUACAUCACAUUUAUUUUAAGCUUGAAAAACCCUUUUGAAUAUUGACCAUUUAAAUUUGCGGCAUCACAUUACAUUGGCAAUUGUCUUGUACAUUAUUUCAUAAGUUCCAUGUUUCUUUUGUUUAACGUUGUCUAUGUAAUCAUGUUAAUGAUUAGCUCUGUUUUUCAAUAAAAUCGGAGUGUAAAAA